CCCCGCCGCACUCACACGCGCACCCGCCCGCCCGCACAGCCCUGCGCGCACACCGCGCUCCGCCCGCCAGGUGCUGCGCGGAUGCUCCCGGUGCCGAGGCGCUGCCCGCCCCCCGCCUGAGCCAUGGUGAUCAUGUCGGAGUUCGCCUCGGCGCCCGCGGCCGCGCACGGCCAGCAGCGGCCCCUGCGAGUCGGCUUCUACGACAUCGAGAGGACCCUGGGGAAAGGCAACUUCGCCGUGGUCAAGCUGGCCCGGCACAGGGUGACCAAGACGCAGGUUGCAAUAAAAAUAAUAGACAAAACAAGGUUAGACCCAAGCAAUCUGGAGAAGAUUUAUAGAGAAGUUCAGAUAAUGAAGCUUUUGAAUCAUCCCCAUAUUAUCAAGCUAUAUCAGGUUAUGGAGACAAAGGAUAUGCUGUACAUUGUUACUGAGUUUGCAAAGAAUGGAGAAAUGUUUGAUCACCUGACCUCCAACGGGCACUUGAGCGAGAGCGAAGCACGGAAGAAGUUCUGGCAGAUUCUCUCAGCAGUUGAAUAUUGUCACAGUCACCACAUUGUGCACAGGGAUCUCAAAACAGAGAACCUCCUGCUGGAUGCUAACAUGAAUAUCAAAUUAGCAGACUUUGGCUUUGGAAACUUUUACAAGUCGGGAGAGCCCCUCUCCACUUGGUGUGGAAGCCCACCCUAUGCAGCUCCAGAAGUUUUUGAAGGCAAAGAAUAUGAAGGACCUCACCUUGAUAUAUGGAGCCUCGGGGUGGUUCUCUACGUCCUUGUCUGCGGUUCUCUGCCUUUUGAUGGACCCAAUUUACCAACUCUGAGGCAAAGAGUGCUGGAGGGGCGGUUCCGCAUCCCAUACUUCAUGUCUGAAGACUGUGAAACGCUAAUCCGACGGAUGCUGGUUGUGGACCCAACCAAGCGGAUAACCAUCUCCCAGAUAAAGCAGCACAAGUGGAUGCAGGCUGACCCCUCCCUUCAGCAGCAGCAGUCCUUGUCCUUCUCCAUGCAAAACUACAACUCCAACCUGGGCGACUACAACGAGCAGGUCCUUGGCAUCAUGCAAACCCUUGGCAUCGACAGGCAGAGGACUGUAGAGUCUCUGCAGAACAGCAGCUAUAACCACUUUGCUGCCAUUUACUACCUGCUCCUGGAGCGCCUCAAGGAGUACCGGAGCAGCCAGGUGUCCACUCGGCCGGCAGCCGGCCGGCAGCCGCGGCCCAGGAGCUCCGAGAUCACCAACGCUGAGAUGCCUCAGGACAGUCUCACUAGUGAAACCCUGCGAUCAUCUCUGCUUUACCAGCAACCUCAGAGCCUGAUUCAGCCAUCCUUGCAGGCAGAAAUGGACUGUGACAUAAGCAAUCCAUUACAGCCUGUGUUCUUCCCUGUGGAUACCAACUUCAACGGGCUCUUCCGGAACCGCUCCAUUUCCCCGAACAGCCUGCUGGAGACCACCAUCAGUGAGGAAGUGAGGCAAGAGAAGGAGCUGGAAGAUGAAAUUAAGGCAUAUGACCACCCCAUCUGCAUCCCUAGCAACACCAGCAGGAGGCACACCCUGGCUGAAGUGACCACCCAUUUCUAUCAGCACGUCCCUCCAUGUAUAGUCAUUUCCUCCUCUGCCAGCCCCACAGAGGGAACUAGCUCAGACAGCUGCCUUACUUCAUCUUCAAAUGACAGCUCAGUGGCCCUGAGCAGCUGUUUGGCAGGUCAAGUAAUGACGGGGAGCCCGGCCACAGCGAGGAUGACGUCGCCUUUCCUCGCUUCCCAGUCUGACGCUCCCGUGUUACAAGCCCAGGGCUGCAUGGGAGGUGCUUCUCUCCUGCCUGUCAGCUUCCAAGAAGGAAGGCGAGCAUCUGAUACCUCAUUAACUCAAGGCUUGAAGGCUUUUAGGCAGCAGCUGCGGAAGAACGCUCGAGCCAAGGGGUUCCUCGGCUUGAAUAAAAUCAAAGGCUUUGCUCGGCAGGUGUGUCAGUCCUCCUCCUCUCGGGCAGCAAGGAGUGCCAUGAGCCCUUUCCAGCACACGCAGCCCAACACCUGCAUGUACAGCAGCAGCGGGAGCAGCAGAGAGGGGAGAAGCCUCCUGGAGGAGGUGCUGCAGCAGCAGAGAAUGCUCCAGUUCCAGCAUCACCAACUACUCCAAACAGCUUGUCCCCAGACCUCCCAGACGCCUGCGGCAAGCGGCAUCCCCUCCUCUGACGGGCCAGGUACCUGCAAAGCCUCCAACUCCAUUCUGCUGUCAGAGCUGCAAAGAGAGAACUCCUUUGAGCUGGCCUUCGCCGGCAGCAGCCAACUGCUCCAACCUCAUUUCUUCGGUGUGAGCGUGUCCCCGGUGUCGUCGGCCGCUCACCUGCUGGACACCCACCUGUACAUCAGCAGCAGCAGCAGCGUGCCCCCGCUGGCCGCCACCUUCUCCCAGCAGCAGAGCUUCUCCGCGCCGUCGCCGAGCUACGACGGCGUCACCCUGCAGCACGGGGACUGUGAGAUGGAGGACCUGACUUCCAGCCAGCUGGGAAAGUUUGUGCUGGUCAAGUGAGAGCUUCGGGCCGCUCUCCUUGCGGGGAACUUUCACCACUGUUCCGUGGCUGGCUGGCAGCGUGGGGCCGAGUGACUCUCAGAAGCAAUAAAUUUUGAAGUAUGUGAAGAGGCUGUCUGGCUCAGAAAGCUGGCAACUUUAUAGGACUGAAACAAGCAAUAUGUAUGUCUUUUUGCUUCUACUGUUCUUGCACUGAACAAAUACGAAUAGAAACUGAUUUUUUUUUUUU